UAUGGAGGUUAUGUUUUUAUCGACUUUUUUAUUUUGGGUUUUAAAUGGUUAUGAAAGGAUUGCCAAAUAAUGUCUGAUUUAUUAAAGAAAUUGACUAAAGCAACUGAAGAUCUCAACGAACAAGAAAUAAUCGAUAACCUUAAAAUUAUAUUAUCGGAAAAUACCAACAUAGAGUUGAAUAAUGUAGAUUUACUAAAUGCUUUACUGAAAAUUGAUAAAAAUGAAAUUCUCAAACUGGCUUCUGAAGUAACUGCUGAAUGGGCAAAAAGUGAGCAAAACCGAAAAGUUCUCACCAAUGAAGAAGUGAUCAGUAAACUGUUAACAAAAUUAGAAAACACUGAUGCAGAUGUUGUUUUGCAUGUAAUAAGAGCCAUUGGAAAUAUUUGUUAUGAGAAUGAGGAAGCCUGUAACAUUAUUGGCAAAUUUGGUGUCGAUAAUUUUUUAUCGAUACUCAAGGCAGACUGUGAACAAACAAAUAAUGCCCUAACUACCAAAACUGCAGGUCUUUUUGUCAAUCUAUUCAACUUGAAUGAUGGAAUAAUAAGAACAGCUCUAAAAAACGAAUUGAUGCCAAUUUUGGAACAGUUACUACACAAGUAUUCUGAAUCCCUUGAAGAAAAUGAAAUUCUCUUAUCAUUUCUCCUAUCUGUUUUGACCAAUGUUGAAAACUAUUUGGACGAACAAGAUAUACCCUUCACAGAAAGCCUGUGCCAAGUUGUUAUUGAAAUAUUCCAAAAAACUACAAAUCCAGAAAUGUCGGUUAUGGCUAUUGAAAUUUUCCAUGGCCAGUCUGAAAAGGAUGAAAUCAAAACUCUACUAGCCAAAGAAGGUGUCUGUGAACUUCUAUUUGAACUUAUAGAGAAGUAUAGGCAUCAUGUUAACGAUGAAGAUAGCAGAUCCCUCUUGAAAAUGGCUUGUGACCUCAUUGUGGUUAUACUAACUGGAGACGAUUGCAUGCACAUGUUGUACAAUAAGGGACAAGGAAAAGUGUAUAAAAAUAUGAUAGUCUGGUUAGAUAGUGAUGACUCCGACUUAUUGAGCACCGGAGUUCUUGCCAUUGGAAAUUUUGCUCGAAAAGAUCUUCACUGUAUCCAAAUGGUCGAAGAAGGGAUCUCUAAAAAACUCAUGGACAUUCUUUCAAAAUACAAUACCAGCACUGACAUUGCUGAUGUAAAGAUUCAACAUGCUUUACUCAGUUCUUUAAAAAAUCUAGUCAUACCAGCACAAAAUAAAGCAAAAAUUUUGAAGGAUGGGUUAAUUGAAGUCCUUUAUCCCAUGUUGAAACUCGAUCAAUAUUUAGUCGUUUUCAAACUUCUGGGAACAUUUAGAAUGGUGAUAGAUGGACAAGAAUCUGCAGCUUUGGACCUUUUAUCAAGGGUGGAUUUUAUCGAAAGACUAAUCCACUGGUGUUACAAUUCAGACCAUCUUGGAGUCAGGGGAGAAGUUCCAAGACUUCUUGCAUGGCUCAUUAAACACUGUCAUUCUUUCAAACCCUUUUCAGGAUUUCUUGGUGUUAAGGAUAGUGUCAAAUGUAUAAUUGAAAUGAUAUCUUCAAAUCAUGCAGUAAUGCAAAACGAGGCAUUGUAUGCCUUGAAUUUAUUGUGUACAGGAUGUUCUAGUUCCAUUUCUAGUCACAAUGGGGAUUUGAACAAGGUUAAUUUGGAAGAAAAACUGACAAAUGUAAUAAUCGACGGAGAUAUUGGUAAAAAUAUAUCCUUUGUGCUUACCAAAUAUGGUGAUAAAAUGGAUAGAUCCACCAUUGACAACUUAUUGUCAUUAUUAGAACAAAUUGUGAAAUCACAGGCUGUUUGUGAUCAUUUAAGCCUAACAAAAGUUCGAGAACCUCUUUCUAAAUUAUACACCAACCCAAACACUGUGCAAAACAUCACGGAAAAAAUAAAUAAAAUCACUUCUAGAAUAACUGAAUGAAUUUUAAAAAUCAUUAUUCGAAUUUUAUGAAUAUGUCUGCCAGUUACUAGAAUGUUACUUUUACUAUUUAUUGCUGUCUAUUCAUAUCUUUCAGAUAUCUACCUGGUGAUAAUAGAAUUUGUCUUGAAAUGAUGUAGCUCAUUGACUCAUAAUCUCCAUAAUAGAAUAUUUAUUGGUUCACACAUACGCGGAUUUGUGUGUCUUUAGGUGAAUGUGAGAGGUGAGAGAGAUAAAAGAAGAAAUGAAUAUUUCCCAAUGGCAUUGGGUCCCAUCCUAAUUGAAUGUUGCUGAUCAAGCUACUAAAGAACUGACUAACAUUGAUUUCAGAAGGGAGAGUUCGUGGUUGAAUAGGCCCAGUGGGGCAGAGUAGGUCAAUAUGUGUAUUCCAUGUGAGUUUGUGAUCUAAAGUGAGACCAAGUAUUUUUAUUAUUAGACAAGAUAUAACCUCCAGAUCAUUAUAUUCAAAUAUACUGAGAGAGUCAUUCAUUGGAUGUAAGACUAUUUCAUUAAUACUGUAUUGUUAACGUUAAGUGAUAGAUGAUUUUUAGUAGCCCAUGUAAUAAUUCUCCUGUAAACCGUUUCAGCUAUUAGUAGGACUUUUGCACACCCUUUAUUCCAAUGUGAUCAACAGGAGUUGCAUUUUGGCUUUUUGAAGUAUUAACUUCCGAUGAUUUUCUUAGAAGAAAGUAUAGUAUAAUAUACGAAGUCAAUUUAAAUGGCAUAAAAAAGUAAAUUUAUCAGACUUGGUACUUAGUCUUUUAUUUAGCUAUUCGGAUUGACUUAAUAUAGUGUCUGUGUGUAGUCUAUACUAUAGACUAUAGUCUAUACUAUAGAUUAUACACAGAAUCAAAUUUGGCGUCUUGGAAUUUUCAAGCAACAUACUCUAAGAAUGUGUAGUAAAAAUAUCAUUAGUGAUAGGUGAAUUUCACUAUAAUUAUCGAAAGCAUGUUGCUUGGUUACUUGAGGCAGCAUUCUCGACAGAAUUGUUAUAAAAUUAUGAGUAUUUAUCGAAAAUGCUUAGCAAAUUAAUAUUCAAGAAAAUGUCCUGUCAUCCUUUAAAUGAAAAACAUAUUCAUAGGUCCUACUUUAAUUCUCCCUACUUUCUGAAGUAAAAAGUAAGGAUUCAUUUAAGGUGUGACUAUGACAAAAUUCUGAAUUGUCAAACACUUGAUAUUUGAUGAUAAACUUCAAUUUGAAUUAUCUCUAUUACAACAUUAUCGGUGUAAUGUUGACAUCAUUGGUUCACAUAUUCAUGGAUACUUAUUGUGACAUUUUCAAAAAAUUGUUUACAAAACCACAACACGUGAAAUGAAAUAGCUUCUUUAGACUAAAUUAGUAUUAAACAUUUUGAACAUUCCUCAAUAAAGUGUUAUUAAAUACA